AUCACAAAGAAAGAGUGUGACAUCCCCAAUGAUAUGCACCUCCUGUGUGGAUCUGGCUCUCUCUCUCCUGCUGAGUGCUACUCCCUGGGAUGCUGCUUCUCUUCUGUCUAUGGGACCUGUUACUACCCCUUAGAUGAGUGCACCGCCGACCACCACAUUGUCUUCACCGUUCCUGCCUCUCUCACGGACCCUCCUCUCUCCCCCUCCUCACUGUUCACCCCUGGCGACAAAACUUGUAUCCCCGAAAGGGUUUCCUCCAGCUUUGCCCUGUUCAGGAUACCACUGGAUGGGUGUGGGGUACAUAAAUAUGAGGUUGGUCAGACUGAAAUCUACAUGGUGGAGAUCCUCAACACUCCCCGCUCCAUCAGCCUCAACUAUGGAACCGUCUCCAGAGACAGUCCUCUCAGGUUACUGGUGGAAUGCAGGUACAUUCCUAGCGCCCAGGUGAGCGUGGCUUACAUGGUGAAAACCCCAUCUCUUGGCCCCUCCAUUCAGGCUCAGGGGGUGUUUGGUGUCCAGCUGAGGAUCGCUACAGACCAGCACUACACUAGCUAUUACCCCCAGUAUCACCGUCCCCUCAAUCUGCUUCUGGGGCAGCCACUGUAUCUGGAGGUGCGUCUGCUGAACCCCCCUGAUCCCAGCGUGGUGCUGCUUGUGCACUACUGCCUGGCCUACCCCCGCUCGGCAGAGGCCGCAUGGGUGCUCCUCUAUGACGGCUGUCCAAACGAACUGGACGUCGGCACCCAUCAGACUUCCCCUCUUGCUCCAUCGCCGCUGAGCCAGACCAAGAGGUUCAACAUCACCACAUUCCAGUUCCUCACCCCUGAGAGCACUUCCUAUUUGGACGAGGAGGUCCCUGUGUAG